ACAAUAUAUUUUAUUAAUCAUCAAAAUUGUAAAAUAGUUCUGUAAAUUUUGGAUUGUUAGCUAGAGUCUUUGGGGAAAAGAAAAUUCGCUACCAAUCCUCUGUGAGCCUCGCUUUCAAAAGUCCACUAACCACAGGGACGGACAACACGCAUGCGCACUUGCAAAGCUUCACGUUGUCAAGAAUGGAGAACUACAGGCUACUUGAACGUCUUGGUAAAGGCGGACAGGGAUCCGUUUAUUUGGCAGAAAAUAAAGUUGACAACACGAAGUAUGUUAUCAAGAAGAUUGAAUGCUUUGAUGAAAGUGAAGCAAACAAAGCUUUCCAAGAGGCCUUGGUUCUUAAGACAUUAUGUCACCCAAAUAUCUGUGGCUAUAAAGAGUUCUUUGUGAACUGGGACAAGCAAGAGUCCUCAAUGUUUGUGUGUAUUGUGAUGGACUACUAUAGCAAGGGGGACCUACGUGGUAUUAUUAAAGACUACCAAGACAACAAGAAGCCUAUACCUGAAAAGCAAAUCAAAAAGUACUUUUGGGAGAUAGUGGAAGCUCUCAGAUUUGUUCAUGGCAAAGGUGUCGUUCAUCGAGAUAUAAAACCAAGCAACAUUUUUAUAAAAGAUGAUGAAACAGUUUGCCUUGGUGAUUUUGGUGUUUCAACACUCAUGAGUGACCGUCGAACAUGCUCACGCAAUGCUGAAGGUACGACUGUGUACAUGGCCCCAGAAGUAAUGACACAGGCAUUUGACGAGCGAAGUGAUGUGUGGUCACUUGGAUGUUUACUCUUUGAAAUGCUGACUACAUCUUUGUCAUCUCAGAAUGAGGUAGCUCAAAAGCUGACCGAGGCAAAGAAAGAUGUGCAAUCCCUAGAGGAGAUAUAUGAGGAGAUUUGUACUAUUUAUUCAGGAAAGUGGAUAAAAACUAUUCGACACAUGCUGAAAAUUCCACGUGAGACACGGCCAAAUAUAGCCUCACUGAUGAAGAUGGGUUUUGUUUUGGAUUGUGCAAUGGUCGCAGACAGCCCUUUAUUGGACAAGCAGCGACGCAGACGGCAAACUGUCAACAGAAUCCGUCCAUUACCAGAUACUGACAGUGCGGACAGCAUUGUCUGCUACAUCGCAGACACUAUCGAUCAUGAGGAGUGUGUGCUGGCGGGCUUGGAGGUACUGAGUGACAUGCUUCAGGCAAAUGUAGCAGCCCAAGAAAAAGGAGGCCCUCCACAGCCACGCAUAUUCUUGGAUCAAAGGAGCAAAAACCUGAUUUCCUUGGCCAUGUGGGACAACCAAGCAAACUGUGAAGUGCAGAUUGCUGGCUUCGCUGUAUUGACAGCCCUUGUCAAUGAUGCUGACUCCAGUGAUGUGCUUUUCACUCCAGAGCCAAUCUCUAUAAUCAAUAAAGUGAUGAAGUUACACCAUGCCAACCCAGAGGUCCAGCGAGCUGCCGCCUCUCUUAUGUUGGCACUUUCCACCCACAAUGAGGCAAGCAAAACCAUUGGUCAGCUGGGUGGAAUCAAAGACCUGGUGACUGCCAUGAAAAACUACCUGCAUGAUACAUCUGUUAUCACUACUUGCUGUAAUGCCUUGUGGAGUCUCACCCUUAAUGAGAAAAAUGCAGAGAUGGCGGCCGAGCAGAAUGCCAUGCAGCAGGUGUGUCUGGCUCUCAAAACACACCUUCAGUCUCCAGAGGUGGUGGAAGCAGUGACAGCAGCAAUGGUGUCAUUGAGUCUUGAUGAUCGGUGUUUCAGUUCAGUGAAUGAAUUGGAUGCUGUUGGAAGCUUGCUGGAAGCAAUGGAUCUGCACCUCAAGAAUACCAAAAUUAUCAAGAAUGCCUGCAUGACACUUGCAGCUUUGGUAGAGCCCAAUGAGGAGUGUGCUUACAGAAUGCUUACAUCUGAUGACCUGCAAGACAAAAGACUGACAGGCAUUCCUGUUCUUAUUAAGGCCUAUCAGCUGCACCGUGACAACCCUGACAUAGUGGAGGCAAUCAUCACUGUCAUCAUGGAACUCUGUGAAUAUGACGAUAUCAUCCUGGACCUAAACAGCUACAAUGUUGCUGUUCACCUAAAAGAAGUUCGAGCAAAGUAUCUUAAAAACAAGAGGAUGCUGUGGCUUUGAUGCAGCAUACUGAUGUUGAGCUUGCCCUUCUAGAAACGCACAGGCACUAUAAGCAAAACAGGGUGAGAGGAUAAUAUUUAAAUAUAUUUGAGCUUAAGAUUUAAGACAUUGAUGGGUAUGUCUGUUAUUUCAUUAAUAAUAUUGCUUUAGACAUUUAUGUUAUGAUAGCAGUGAAAAGUUUUAACUUAAGGGUAUGGAAGGGGUUUAUUAGAUGUACCUUUGGGAUGAUCCCUUGGUUUGUCUAAGCAGUCACUUAAUAGUCUUUUUCUUACAAGACACAAAUUUUGUUUUAUAAUUUAAUUAAAUUUAAUAAUAAUUAAAAUACAGUUGUUUGAAUACAUACAAAUGUCAUAUAUACUUGUUGCUAUUUUUAAUACAGAACCAUUUUGAGAGAUUAUUUUCCUGACAGAGCAAACAGUAAAAUCUUUCCAGUUAGGUAUGCAAGUAUUGAACUUAGAACAAGCAAGUUUUCUUGCUAUCUAAAGAUAUCAUUCCAACUUCAACUUGACAAAAGAAAGAUAAUGUCAUAAUAAUUCUUUAAUUGCGUAGUGGCACCAAGAAACUAGGUAAACAUUGUGAGAUGUUACAUGAAGAUGUAGUGUGGAGACUGAAAUUGAAAAAUACUUUGCAAAUAAAGACUAUCCACACUGUAACAGGACAUUGUGACCCCCUGCGAAGCUGCCCUGGAAAAGCUAGGUAUCAGCAAGACAUUGACAUCAAGGCAAAACUCUGUGCAAACAAAGUAGAAUCAUAUCCCAACAUCCCUUCUGCACCUCAUUGUACACCUGCUGCAGCCUAUGUAUGACUUCAUAUCUUGUGUUUUUGUGGAUUGACAAAUGAAAAGAGCCAACACAGAGUGACAAUCAGUAUUAUUAAUAUGACAUUUUCUUGCAAUAAAAUAAAGUAUAUUUAAUAACCGUAUCUUCCUUUUCAGCCUAGGCUCCAAAGUUACAACAGUAUAUGAUGCUACAGAUUUUUAAGUUUGUGGUAUAACAGGGGUAACCUAUAGGUUUACUGAGAAAGCAGGAAAAAUCAUAUUCCAGUUUAUGAUUAUUUCCAUGUUAAGUUGGCAUACAAUUGCAUAAUCCCAAUACUUGUUAAACUGUUGUGAAACAUUUGCCAGAAACAACGAUUUUUACCUGCAUCUAUGAAUUUGAAAAAAAAAAUUUGUGCAUUGCAUUUGGUGGCUAUGUCUGAUGAACUCGUGAUCUGAAUAAACACCCAAAGACAAAUGUUGGUUUGUGAAGUGCAGAUUGAUCUUGUGAGCAUAAAAUCAUGAGAAUAAAUAUUUAUUUUGCUGCUGUAGUCCCUGCAAUUGUGCCAUGGUGCAUGAACUAACUAGAUGUGAUUAACCCCUAUUGUGUUAAUAAAUGUUAAAAAAUGCAAUCCAACUUUGCAACAUUUCUUCCUGAGAAAGUAAUCUGCAAAUUGCAUCUUCAACAUUUACUAUGGUCUUUGACAUUCUAAUCAAGAGUAGCAGAUGAGGCUUGUUGAAAAAUCCAUUUGUAAUUGUAAGUUAUUAUUGUUGAUAGUAUAGCUAUGCACUUCAGAAGCACAGCUAUCUGCCCUUUGAGUCAAAUACAUAAACAUCUGUGAUAUUUAUAAUGUAUAAACUGUUGUGUGUACAUGUGAUGCAUUUAAUAAAGAUUAACAAUAAACAAG